GCCGCGGGUGCCCAGUUGGCCCGCGACGGCCUGAAGGGUAGGAAGUGUCGUGCCGCCGCUCUCCCACUCGCUGUCUCCCGCGCUCCCGGUGUACUCGUGUUUGUUGUCUUCGAGGCCGGUGUUUCGCGCGGACGCUCUGUGACAUGAAGGGACUUGCACGUCGUUCCCAAACACGUCAGUGAGAAGCCGUUUUAAGCGUGACUAAGGACCUUGGCGUAGUGACGUCAGACUUCCUGUUAUACAACUUCACUUUGCUGUUUCUGAAUCCGUAGCCGAGACACCCCGCCAUGGACUACACCUCAGGUAUGGCCGGCAUGGGCGGUCUGGACCCCGAGAUGGACAUCUUCACGUCCACCAAACUCAACGUGGCCACCGAGGACGACUCGACCACCCAGACCGACGAGGAAAUGAAUGCCCUCAUGGCCAACUUCACGACGCCCCUGCCCACCUUGGCCCCCGACGAGUCCAUGGCCUUCGAAGGGGCCAACUACCCGAAGAACAUGCUCGGGUUCACGGCGGCGUGUGCGUUCAUCAUCGCUGUGAUCGGCACGUUCGGUAACUUACUAACUAUCAUAGCACUGCCCAUGAGCAAGAAACUACGUACCACAGCCACCGCCUUUGUGGUGAACCUCGCUGUGGUAGAACUCCUCUUCUGCGUGUUCAUCCUACCCAUGUCCGGUGCUCAGUACCUGGUUCUUCAGCACACCGAAGAGUCACUCCUUAGUAACAGAGAUUGUAUUUUCUUCGCUGUUACGCGUUACACACUCACCCAAGUGGAGCUGCAGACUAUACUGGCCAUCGCUCUUACCAGAGCUCUAGCUGUGUCGUUACCCCGCCUCUACGCCAUAAUCAACCGGCCUGCUAUCAUGGGAUGCUACAUUACUGGCAUCUGGGUCUACUCUUUCCUGCUCAAGAUGCCGACCGCCUUUGGGCUUCUGGGUCACUACACCUUCAACGCCCACACCAUGGAAUGUGACAUGAGUAACAAAAACAAGAAGUCACGUCUCAUUAUGAUUCUAAUAGAGGCCGUUGUACCAGUUUUCACCAUUAUCAUCUUAUACAUCUUCGUCUUCGUUAUGGUCAUCAGGAGAGCACUGAUGAGGAAAAAAAAGUUCAGCACCGUGUUGCCACCUCCUCCGCAGGUUAAGCUGAGCACCGCUCGUGUCAACCGUGCCUCCAGCAGGGGCAAGGUGCCGCCGGCUGCCUCCUCCACCACCUCCGCCUCCUCCACCUCCGGCACGAACCAGCGAAAAGGAUCGAACUCCAGUUUCAGAAGCCUCAAGAAAAUGGUUUCCGAAUCCAAUCUUCGAGCUCGUUUCGUCCGUGCAGCCAGACACUUGAACGGCAGGCGCACCCACCAGUCGUCCACGGUGAGCCAGCGCCUCAGCACCAGCCGCCGAGACAUGCGCGUCGCCCGCACCAUUUUCAUCAUCUUCGUGCUCGUGCUGGUGUGCAGCGUGCCCGUCAUGAUGAUCCACACCCUCGACCCGCAGGUGAAGCACCCCGUGAGGUUCCUCUUCCUGCACAUCCUUUACUGGAUCCAGUACUGCCUCAACCUGGUGGUUUACGUGCUCAUGAACCGCCAGUACCGCGACGCGUACGUGGAGUGCCUGGCGAGGGUGUUCCCGCGCUUCAAGCAGCACCACGGCCGCAGGUUUUUCUGGGAGAAGGCGAGCAUCUCCUCCAAGCCGCCGCAUGCCAACACUUCGACCCGCCCGCGCCUCGACUCGGCCGGCAACCCCGGGGACUCCAUUGUCUCGUGCGACGGCGAUCCGCCCUCGGCCGCAGGGGGACAGCCCGGGGCCAUCGCUCCCCAGGGAAGGCUCUCGGCCAUUCCGGAGGGCCACAGCAGUUCGGCCGCCAACGACAGCGUCUUCUCGGACCCGCACAAGAAGGAUUCCAGCAGCGCGCUCUCGUGGACAGGGAGCACUGGCUCAGCAAGAACGGCUCCACCGCCGACCACCUGCCUGAGAGCGAGUGCAAAGUGUAACGCGAGUGAUAGACGAUUCCAUUUAUUUACUCAUAAGGAUUUGCAAAUGGAAUUUCGUCUCUUAGGAGACUUGGCAUUGUCGGUAGUGAAUGAUGUACCUUUUUGUUUUACAGUUUGUCAGCUACCAGACAGAAUGAUUAUAGUGGUAUUACUAGUCUAGUUGUCAGCGUUCUGGGCUACUGAUGUUGGUUCCAACGAAAGAGUAUUCACCGCAGUUAUUAUCAUCUCUUAUAAGUAAGAGAAUCUCAGAUUUUUAUGAUUAUUAUUUUCUAUUACAAAGCGUAGUUCCUUGUGCCAAAAUACCUAUAGUCCAGCUGCUUGCCAACAGCUUCUGUAGGAGCCAAAAAACACAAAGUAUGCUAGUUUGUGUACCUCAUCGAUGUGUAUCUCAGUGUGACUCACACUGAUUUAUGCUCUAUCAGUAUAAUUGGCAAAUCGAGCUGUCUCAGUGUAACUCAUACUGUCAUAACGAGAACCCCACCGCGCCAAUAUGAUUCGCGUCGCCUCAGUAUAUACAAUGCAGUGACAUUGUAAUUCACUGUAAUCAGCAUAAAAGCGGUGCGUACAUGAAACAAACUGAAGAAACUCAUGAACACCGAAUUUACCCAUAAUUGAUGUGUUGUGAAGAGCAAGUGUUGUGACGUAACAUAAAUUUCCUCUCGUCAUACCUGCAGGCCGCCAAGAAUCGGUUCACGGCCAUGCUGAUGCUUCGCCGUUGUCAUAGCGAUCGCCUAAUCCCACUUCAGCAUUAGCGAUGAGCUCCCUGGUCGAUACCACUGCUUGCGAAUCGCUUGGUUGUUCGCCAAAAAUAGUUGUCCACCUCGUCGUUUAACAUCAGUGAGUUUAAGAGAUGAUAUUGCGGUAAUCAAGCUUGGGUAUAUCGCCUUAAUGGCAUUUGGAAGUACUUACCAUCCGUAGGGGAAUAUAUGUGUGUGUGUGCAAUACAAGUGUAUUUCCUUCUCUUCGCUCAUAAUACAAUGAAUUCAGUGCCAUGUCGAAGUGAAGGUACUAAAAUUGAUUUGUACCUGGAAUUAUUUUAAGAAAUGAAGCGGAAGCAUUACCCUGUAUUGGGGAAUCUCCGCUCUAAAUAUUUGAAUCAUUAGAUUUUGUAGGGCAUACAUUUUUUUUCUAAAUUUUGAAUAAUCAAAUUACGUCUUAGGGCAUACAUUUUUUUAUUUGAUUCAUUGUUGUUUUGAUAAGACAUUAUCUUCCCAAGCUUCCCUAUUUUUAUACUGGAAAAAAACACUUUGUGAACGUUUAUGAAUGUAUGUUUUAAAACAGCGUUAAAAACGUUUCUAUUCCUCGUCUUAUGAUGCGUUUAAGUCCCAAGGUUAGUGUACAGAGCUCAUGCGGUGUGUUAAUUAGGUCUAAGAUACUCCCCGCGGGUGUACAGAGACACAUAUUUAUUUUUUGAUUAAAGAAUAAGGCAAA